CCUUGCUGAAAUCACUCCUGUAUUAGCUCCGUCUGAACAGCAUCUAAGAUGGGUAUCUCCCGUGACUCGAAGCACAAGCGCCGUGAAACCGGUGGCAAGCGCAAGUUCUUCCGCAAGAAGCGAAAGUUCGAGCUCGGCCGCCAGCCGGCCAACACCAAGAUGGGCGCCAAGCGUGUCUCGACGGUCCGCGUCCGUGGCGGUAACCUCAAGUUCCGCGCCCUUCGCCUCGAAACCGGCAACUUCUCGUGGGGCACGGAAGUGACGGCCCGCAAGACGCGUGUCUUGGACGUGCUUUACAACGCGUCGAACAACGAGUUGGUCCGCACCAAGACGCUCGUCAAGAACGCCAUCAUCCAGAUCGAUGCCACGCCGUUCCGCCAGUGGUACGAAGCCCACUACGGCGUCAAGCUCGGCAAGGUCAAGGCCGACGAUGAGGAGGCUGCCAAGAAGUCGAACCACGUCGAGCGCAAGCAGGCCGCCCGCGCCCGCGUCCAGGUCCUCGACCCCAAGAUUGAGGAGCAGUUCAACUCGGGCCGUCUCCUUGCUUGCAUCUCGUCGCGCCCCGGCCAGUCGGGCCGCUGCGACGGCUACAUCUUGGAGGGCAAGGAGCUCGAGUUCUACUCGCGCAAGCUCGCCACCAAGAAGUCGAAGAAGUAAAUUGUCUUUACUUAAGGGAAACUUUCAGAUUGGAGUCUUUAAAACACAACAUGGUUCUUCGCCAUGGCAUCACA